AAGAAUGGAAAGCUUCCAGCGCCGCUCCAACUAUUCCUUUUCUGUUUUCGCAAGACCCGCUGCGGCUUCCCGCUGCAUGGACUACUACUAGAAUCCUCAUUUCGUUUUCCCUCCCUUGAUUCAUGAACUGAUUAGGGCUCGGCCAGUGCCCUCGUCAUGCUUUUCUCUGGAAGUAUGAAGAAGCGGUUUGCAUGAAGGAGGAGAUUUUUGAGAAAUAAAAAACUGUCUCUUUGCCGUGCUAACUUCAUAAAUUCCUCGAAACAGUAGCCAGAAUUUAUAGCGACAGCAAGUUAUACUGGCACUGUGCUUUGCGACGCAGACUCGACUUGAAUUUAUUUUCUGUGUUUCAUCCAGAUAGUUUAAAUUUUAAAAGACGGAUAACUCUGUCAACAUUUGCCUUUUUUGCUCUCGAUGUGCAUUGUGACAUGCGGAGGCUCCUGGAAUCGUGCUGUUGGUGGAUCUUGUCUUUGAUUUUGUCAGCCUUCGUUCUCUUCUGGGCCGACUGUCACCCUGCUCUGACAGAAGGUCAGCCGGGAUCUUCAGGAGGAGGGGACCAUGGGAUUGCGGCGGGGCCCAGACUCAGAAGGGCGGCCGUGGACUCCUACUGGGCCUACUCAGGGACAUAUGGGCCAGACAGCUGGGCCUCAACCAAUCCUGAGUGCCGGGAGGCGAACCAGUCACCCAUCGACAUCGUUGAUCAGGCCACCAAAGUCUCCCUAGAGUACCAAGAGCUCACGCUUGACGGGUUCGAGACGGAGUCGUCGAACAAGACGUCCAUGAAGAACACGGGAAAAACAGUGGCCAUUCUGCUGAAGGAUGAUUACUUCGUCAGGGGUGCCGGGUUGCCAGGGCGCUUCAAGGCGGAGAAGGUUGAGUUCCACUGGGGUCAGAGCAACGGCUCGGCGGGGUCCGAACACAGCAUCAAUGGCCGCAGGUUCCCGGUGGAGAUGCAGAUCUAUAUGUACAACUCGGACGACUUUGACAGCAUCAACGCAGCCAUUCAUGAAAACCGCAUAAUUGCUGCCAUGGCAGUGUUCUUUCAGGUCGGACUGAAGGACAAUCCAGCUGUGGACCCCAUCAUCCAUGGCCUGAAGGGUGUGGUCCACCACGAAAAGGAAACCUUCCUGGAGCCCUUCAUUCUGAGGGACCUGCUGCCUUCUUCUCUGGGUAGCUACUACCGCUACACUGGCUCUCUCACAACCCCACCCUGCAGCAAAAUCGUGGAAUGGAUCGUCUUCCACCGGCCUGUGUACCUGUCUUAUCAACAGCUGGAGGCCUUCUACUCCAUCUUCACCACAGAGCAGCAGGACCACGUCAAGUCGGUGGAGUACCUGAGGAACAACUUCCGCCCACAGCAGAGUCUGGACAACAGGGUGGUCUUCAAGUCUGCCGUCAAGGACGCCUGGAUCCCCGACCUGACGGACAGCCUGGGGAAUCCGUACGGCACGGAGGCAUCCAAAGUGUGCAGCAGUGCCCCGUUCAACAUGAAGGUCCAACCUCUGAACAGAACCGCGCUGGUGGUUAGGUGGACCAGGCCCGAGAUCGUCUACCACCCGCCCAUCAUCAACUUCAUGAUCUCCUACAGCUGGACCAAGAACGAGGAGUCCUAUGAGCAGACCUUCGUCAAAGACAGCAAUCAGGAGCUGGAGGCUGUGAUCUCGCCUGUGUCCCCGGACGUCCUGUACCUGUUCAGGGUCCAGGCUGUGUGCCACAACGACAUGCGCAGUGAUUUCAGUCAGAGCAUGCUCUUCAGGGCAAACACAACCAGGAUAUUUGAGGGAACAAGAAUAGUGAAGACUGGAAUGCCCACAGCAUCUCCUGCCUCCUCGGCCGACAUGGCCCCCAUCAGCUCGGGCUCCUCCACCUGGACGUCCUCCGGCCUCCCCUUCUCCUUCGUCUCCAUGGCGACGGGCAUCGGGCCAUCCUCCAGCGGCAGCCAGGCCACAGUGGCAUCUGUGGUGACCAGCACCCUCCUGGCGGGGCUGGGGUUUAGCGGCGGGGUCAUCUCUUCCUUCCCCAGCUCAGUGUGGCCCACGCGCGCCCCGCCCUCCGCCCCCGCCUCCACCCGGCAGCCGGCCAAACCCACCGUCCCCGCCACGGAGCCGGCCACCUCCCAGGCCUCCGACACCGACGCCGUCGCCAAGGACGGCGAGGGCGCCGAGGAGGGCGAGAAGAGCAGCAAGGGUGAGGGGGAGGAGGGGGAGAGAGAGGGAGACGAGGAAGAGGAGGAGGAGGAGGGGAAGGAAGGCUCGGACACGAAGGCGGCUCCAGACGACGUGGAAACGCAGGUUAAUGGCACAGUGGCCAAGGAGCCACCCACGACGGCCCCAGACUCCACAGCCAAAGAGAAAGAACAGGGGGGCCGGGAGACUGAGCCCAGAACGACGCCCUCUAGUGCCGUGGAGGACCAGCUGGUGACAGACACAAAGAAAGCCACGGAGUUUGACACAGUGGCCCCCACCACAGCGUCGAGGAAUGACACGCCAGAGAUCCAGCCUCCAGAGAGCCCCACACUGACAACCAAACUUAACAGUGAUGAGAAAAGCCUCUGGCCCUUCUCUAUCCACACAGAGAGGAACAGCAUCUCCAACAUGACCAGGAAUCCCACCCAAGGCUCCAGCAAGGUGGAGUGGAUCAUCCCUCUGGUGGUGGUGUCUGCCCUCACCUUCGUCUGCCUCGUGCUCCUGCUGGCUGUGCUCGUGUACUGGAGGAUGGCCAGCCUGUGCUCCCUGCUCUGCGUGAAAUACAGGAGGUGUUUCCAGACGGCUCAUUUCUACGUGGAGGACAGCAGCUCACCAAGAGUAGUCCCCAAUGAGAGUAUCCCAAUCAUCCCCAUUCCAGACGACAUGGAGGCAAUUCCUGUCAAACAGUUUAUCAAACACGUCACGGAGCUGUACUCCAACAACCAGCAUGGCUUCUCUGAGGACUUUGAGGAGGUGCAGAGAUGCACGGCGGACAUGAAGAUCACGUCCGAGCACUCCAAUCACCCCGACAACAAGCACAAGAAUAGAUACAUCAACAUCGUGGCCUACGAUCACAGCAGGGUGAAGCUACGGCCUUUAGCUGGAAAGGACGCGAAACAUAGCGACUACAUCAACGCAAACUAUGUGGAUGGAUAUAACAAGCCCAAGGCGUACAUCGCAGCUCAGGGCCCUCUGAAGUCCACCUUUGAGGACUUCUGGAGGAUGAUCUGGGAGCAGAACACUGGGAUCAUCGUCAUGAUCACAAACCUGGUGGAGAAAGGAAGAAGGAAGUGUGAUCAGUACUGGCCGACGGAGAACAGCGAGGAGUACGGGAACAUCGUGGUGACGCUGAAAAGCACGAAAGUGCACGCUUGCUACACUGUGCGCCGCUUCACCAUACGGAACACGAAAGUAAAAAAGGGCCAGAAGGGGAACCCGAAGGGACGGCAGAACGAGCGCACGGUGAUCCAGUAUCACUACACGCAGUGGCCCGACAUGGGCGUGCCUGAGUACGCCCUGCCCGUGCUCACCUUCGUACGAAGGUCCUCGGCAGCCCAGACAGCGGACAUGGGCCCAGUGCUUGUACACUGCAGUGCGGGAGUGGGAAGGACAGGGACGUACAUCGUCAUUGACAGCAUGCUGCAGCAGAUUAAGGAGAAGAGCACAGUCAAUGUGUUGGGGUUCCUCAAACACAUCCGGACACAGCGCAACUACCUGGUCCAGACAGAGGAGCAGUACAUCUUUAUCCACGAUGCCUUGAUGGAAGCCAUCCUCGGGAAGGAGACAGAGGUGCUUGCCAGUCAGCUCCACAGCUACGUCAACAGCAUCCUGACUCCUGGCCCGGGGGGCAAGACGCGCCUGGAGAAACAGUUUAAGUUGGUGACACAGUGCAACGCCAGGUUUGUGGAGUGCUUCAGUGCACAGAAAGAAUGCAACAAGGAGAAGAACCGCAACUCCUCUGUGGUGCCCUCGGAGCGGGCCAGGGUGGGUCUGGCGCCACUGCCUGGAACAAAAGGCACCGAUUACAUCAAUGCCUCUUACAUAAUGGGCUACUACCGGAGUAAUGAGUUCAUCAUUACCCAGCAUCCCUUGCCUCAUACUACGAAAGACUUCUGGAGGAUGAUCUGGGACCACAAUGCACAAAUCAUCGUCAUGCUGCCGGACAACCAGAGCUUGGCGGAGGAUGAGUUUGUGUACUGGCCAAGCCGAGAGGAGGCCAUGAACUGUGAGGCCUUCACUGUCACUCUCAUUAGCAAGGACAGACUGUGCCUCUCCAACGAGGAGCAGAUCAUCAUCCAUGACUUUAUUCUGGAAGCCACACAGGAUGACUACGUACUGGAAGUACGCCACUUCCAGUGCCCUAAAUGGCCCAACCCUGACGCUCCAAUUAGCAGUACCUUUGAGCUUAUCAAUGUCAUUAAGGAGGAGGCCAUGACCAGAGACGGACCAACCAUAGUGCAUGACGAGUUCGGUGCGGUUUCAGCCGGUAUGCUGUGUGCCCUCACCACCCUGUCUCAGCAGCUGGAGAACGAGAACGCCGUCGGGGUCUAUCAAGUGGCCAAAAUGAUCAACCUCAUGAGACCAGGAGUCUUCACUGACAUCGACCAGUACCAGUACCUUUAUAAAGCUAUGCUUAGCCUUGUCAGCAACAAGGAGAAUGGGAUUGGGCCCAUGUCUAUGGACAGGAAUGGCACUUUGGUGAUUACGGACGAAUCGGACCCUGCGGAAAGCAUGGAGUCGCUUGUUUGAAGACAGCUGAGGCGUGAAGAGGCACUUAAUUUGUAAAACUUCAAGGACUAGACAGACUUUUUCGAGGCCUUUUUUGCCAGACUCUUGGUUAAAUAAAUAACCUGAUUACUUUUUUACACUGAUAAAAAGUUUUUGAUAUUUAUUUUUGCCAUUUUAUGUCUUAAUGUUAUCCUACUGAGCAUUUGCACCUAUGUUUAAGUUCACACAAUGAAACACAGUUCUUUCUAGUUUGCACUAUAAUGUCAGUGUUACUGCCUAUAACUACCCAAUCGAUCUACAAUAUUAUCAAGCCCUGGCUCCACAUUCCAUGGCAAUGCUUUACUCGUUUGUUCUUGGCUACCUGGGAGUUAAAAGCUUUGCUCAUGCAUACCCUGUAGGUCACUGCGAGGAAGAGGAUGAUGGACACUGCAGCUACCCAUUCAUGUGCGUAGUCCUACAUGCACUGCGUCAGCAAACCCCAGUCCCCUGCAUUUCAGGAUUCACGCUGUUCUGUGUAGGAAGCCAUCCUAUACUUUGCUUUUAAAUAAACCAGGCUAAUUAUAUAACACCUAUAAGCAAUAGGGUUAUUUUUUUGUGCAUCCUAGAUUUAUUUUAUUUUCAUAAUCCGUUUUAUUAGCAAGUCAAGCCCAUAUUUUAAUUUUUAAAGGUGGUAUUAUAAUAGCUACUGUGAACUUUUAUUCUUUUUGUAAGAUUUAUAUUCUGCUUUUUAAUAUAUAUAUGGAUAUAUCCUUAAUCUAUAUAACUUGUGAUUUUGUAAAUGUCUGCAAUCAUGGCCAACCCCUCACUAUUUCCUCCUAGGAUUGGUCUAACAAUUUGACUCUCUAAAGACAGUUUUUGUUGACUUUUCAGUCUUGAAGUCUUAGCUGGUCAGUCUGCUGCUAGCUGCCAAUGAGAUGAUGUUCAGUGUCCGAAUCUAAACAGAGCCAGAAGUCUCAAUAUCCUGUAUCGCAUUCUGUGCUUGGAGAAUCUCAAUGUUAGCUGGAUGGUCCAUUGACAUUUUUUUUCAGUUUUCAGAGGGAAUGUAUUCAUUCGAGUCAAUUCAUUUAACAAGUCUAAUUGCAAACGUUUCAUUUGAUUACCCUGGGAGGGAUGCAUGUUCACGCUAUUAUAUUUAGCUUUCUGUAUCCUUUCACACCCUUUUCUCCAUCUCUGCUGGAUUUAGGAAUGGCUGUGUAUCAAUUAGGAUACAUCCCAAAGUGCAAGGAACUUUCUGGAUUAAGGAAAAAAAACAGGUGUUAAGCUUUUUCUCUAGAGCCAACACGUCUUACCCCCAAGUCCCCAUGACGUUUUUCCCUUUGCCACUCAGUUCUCAAAAUCCAUGAAGCUGCUCCAAGCACAUAAAAAACAGGGUCAUACUACUGUAUGACUGAUUUCUUUCUCUGACUCUGAAACACACAGUUGGAACAAAUAAAAUCAUUUUGGGCACAAAGAGGGAUAUUUCAUUGGAAAUGGAAUAAAAAAAUGUUAUUCAAUCAUUACACAAAAUGGCUGCCUUGGUAUUCAGAUUUUUCAGUUGUGUUUAUGUCAUAAAAACACCAUAAAACUGGGGGUCAUCUAAUAUAUCAACUUUACCAAAGAUAUAAACUCAUUUCAGCAAGGAAAAGAGAGCUUGUGCUUUUGCUAAUGUGUCUGUUUUCACUUUUUUCACUUCAGUCAUAGCAUGACUGAAAGAAAUAUGAAAAUUUCAGGUUUGCUUGAUGUUAGUUUUUUCCUGGCAGAUAUUUUUGAUAAGUGUCAGCAUUUUUACACAUAUGAAGUACAAUGCAGCACAUGUUGACUAAUGCAUUUCCUGUUGCACUGAAGAAAAUUCCAUACUUUAUUGCAGUUGGCUUACUGCUUACGUUGCUCUUUGAAUUGUUCUGUUUAUUUGCAGCUACAUUGAGCUGUGUCUGUAAUUUAAGCAGCCGCAACGAUAAGGGGAAGGGCAGUUCCACCUUCAUCAUACUUGUGUUGUGGGGGACCUGUGUUUUGCUUUUUUUCCACAAAGGGAUAUCUGAUAUGUAACUCUUAAAACCAGAAAAUGAAGUAGAGAUAUAGCACAUUAAUAUUUUAGUUUCUUCUUUGCGUUCUUUGUCUCCUCAUGUAGGAGGCUGUUCAAUUAAGUCGCAACUCUCCAACAUUUGGGGUAAAGACCUGACUUUUGAUCAUUUGCCACUUCAGGCAUUUUAAGUGACGAGCAACUCUUCUGCUUUUGUUUCAUUCUUGUUGUUUUCACCAAUUCUGCAUCACAGCUGCAUUAAGUCAAACGUUCUUUCGUUUUGCAUUUUAAACACAAACACUAGCGUCUAUCAUGAAAUUAAAAAAUGUACAUAUUUUGUUGCCUCAGUAACCAUCCUCUGGAAACUUUGUAUCUAUGGUAUAUAAUCAUAGAAUUUUAUAUUUUCAUAUGGAGCUAUUUUUUUUUCUAGUCUCAACUCCUUCAUUGUUUUUUGUGUUGCAUAUGUGGAAAACAAGUCUAUGUGCAUUGAGGUAGUGAUUGUCAUCACAUUCCAAACCAAUUCCAUGCCUUUGGUUUUUGGGCAGUGAUUGUGUUUUUUUUUUUUUCUUUUGAUUUUUUUUUUAUUUUUACAUUUUCUUUUUAAAUCAAGAUUCUGUUACCAGUGUGUGCAAUA